AUGUCGUCCAUAGGCCCCCAACUCCCACCUCAUCUCACAAAGAGGAAGCAUGACGACGACGACAAUGUCGACGAAUCCACAUGCCCGUCAAACAAGCACCCUCGUCGCGAUGAUAACACAGCGCAACCUCCACAAAACCAAGACGAGAUAGACAUCAAUGGCUCCAGCUCAGAUUCAGAAGACGAUUACGGGCCACCUAGGCCAUCCACUCUCCCAGCAGCGCCCGCUCCCCGAAGCGUAGGGCCAUCUCUUCCACCACACCUCGCCGCAGCCGCAAACAACGAGGACGAGAUCAAUCUCUCCGACUCGGACUCCGAUCCUCUCCCACAACCUCCUCCAGCCGCAGCCGCCGCCGCUUCAAAUCCUCCCAACCCAGAUCCAGACUCUGAUUCUUCAGACGACGACGACGACGACGACUUUGGUCCCUCCCUCCCCUCCGCCUCAGCUCCUCGCGCCCGCCAAAUCGGCCCAUCCCUCCCUCCUUCAGACCUCGACGCCGCCCCCAAGCGAGACGAAUGGAUGCUCGCCCCCCCUCCCUCCUCAUCAACCUUUUCCGAGCGCGACACAACAAAGAUCCGCGCCCGCAAAUUCGCCUCCAAACCGUCAGCAGCAUCUUCUUCAGCUUCAGCCCCCGGCGCUCCCUCAAUAUGGACCGAGACGCCCGAGGAAAAGCUCAAGCGCCUGCAGGACUCCGUCCUCGGCCGAACCUCCUCCGCGUCUUCUUCCGCCGAAGCAGGCGGCGGCGCGUCGGAGCUGCAGCGCAAGAAGCAGCUGCGCGACGAGGCCCUCGCGGCGGAUAUCCAGGCUCGGCGCGGGAAGACGCUUCUGGAGGAACAUCAGGGCGCGGGGGAGAAGAAGAAGAAGGCUGGGGCGGCGAGGCCGGAGGAUGAAGAGGAUGACCCGAGCAAGAGGGCGUUUGAUAGGGAGAAGGAUAUGGCGGUUGGGGGGCGGAUCACGGCGACGCAGAGAAAGGAGCUGAUUAACAAGAGUGCCAACUUUGGGGGGAGGUUUCAGAAGGGGUCUUUCUUAUAA